AUGCCCACCGAAGAAGAAAGAUACAAUGACGUGAAGCACAACGUGGAUAACAUGCACCUGAUCCAGCUGGGCGUCGCCUUGUUCGACGAAGGCGGCAACACCCCAUGGCCGGGGUGCUGUUGGCAGUUCAAUUUUUCGGAUUUCGAUCCCGAUGUGGAUGCUUCCUCUCCCGACUCCAUCGAGUUGUUGGCACAGAGCGGGCACGACUUCCAGCAAUACCGACGACACGGCAUCGACGCGCGGCGGUGCGCCUAUCUGGUAUGCGUGAAGCUCUUCUGCCAACCCUACAGCUCCAAGUAUGUUACGUUUCAUGGACUCUACGACGUGGCAUUUGUGAUAAAGAUGAUCACCCGAGCCCCACUGCCCAACACCUUGAACGAGUUCUCUGAUUUGGUGAGGACCAUCUUCGGCCAGAUUUAUGAUCUCAAAUAUAUAUCUCGAUUUUGUGGAGGACUGCGUCGGGGAGAGAUUGGUUUGGUGGGACUAUCAAGGUUAUUGAACUUUGAACCCGUAGGGAUCCGUCACCAAGCAGCAUAUGACAGUCUACUAAUUGGGGCACUCUUCAACGAAAUGAAGCAACGAAGGCAUAACGUAGAGGACGACAUAUCUGCAUCGGUCCUCUAUGGUAUAGAGAAUAGAUGCGUCGAGUGUUGGGCUGAUAGCCCAUAUUCAGCCCAUGUGGGCUAG